AUGGCUUCUACACACUCCUUCUACCACUACCCCCAGUCCUCCUACCCGAUCAACAUGCCACAGAAGCCUGGCUUCUACUACCCGCCCCAACAGCAUGGCUUUGGACGCGUGUCAGCAUCACCACCGGAAGCUCCAGACAGUACCACAACUUCCGGUGUGCCGUCAUACGAGCCAUCAGCGACCUCCAGCAAUUAUGCUGGUAGUGCAAGCGACUACGAAUCGACUAGUGGCGCCGCCAGCGUGGACCUUCUCGAAUACAUGGGUAGCCGAGUCAACGGUUCUUUCGACCCGAUGCCACUAGACCGUAGCCUAGCAAAGCAAGCACAGACAUCCGGUGAACUGAAUGCCAAGCAUCGCGAACUGCUCGAAUUGCAGCAACUCGCUCAGCGACGACUGGCCGGUGCGCGCAUGAACUUUGCAGAUGGCAUGAAGGCCGCAAAGGAAGUUCAGAAGGAUCUACAAUGGACCCAGAAGAGAGUAGACUCACUGAACGAGCGAGCUGCCCGCAAGUACCCAGAUCAAUUCCGCACCGCCCAGGGACGAUUCCCAGCGCCCGUGGACUACUAG